UAACAAUAAAAAUAAAACAGUAAGAACAAUAAUAAUCGCAACAGCCAUAAUAAUAGAAAAAUAGAAUCGCAAUUCCAAUGACGACAAAAUCUGGAAAGACAGUGACCCUGAAUGUCCAAGAUGACAGUGACAGCGACGAAGGCAUUGUCAUUACCUUCAACUCCAUCGGGCGAGGGACGGUGCGGCGGCGGGGCGUCGACCAGGAGCAGACGAUGCCAGCCCGCCACCACGACGGCGACGCUGGUGCACACGAGCCGCAGGGGGUCCGACACGUACCUCGAGGUGCUGCCCGAUCUCACGCAAGGUGUGGACGAAGAAGAAACUUGGGAAAAAUUGCAGCAAAUUCGCGCUCAUGCUGUGCCAAUGGAGGAGAAACGCAAGCUCAAACGUCAAUUGCAGUCGGCUCCAACGCUUCGAACGAGAGGCCUCGCUGCCUUUAAACUCUCAAAGAGGAAGUUUGCAUCUCAGGCAAAGAAUAGAUUGCGUGAGAUGAUAUCGAAAAUAGAAUUAUGGCAUUGGAGUCUGCGCUACGUGGAGGGGAACUUUGGCACGGGCCUAGUCGCCUUCUUUACCUUCAUCAAGUGGCUUCUGUACCUGAAUCUGUUCACUUGCGUAUUGUUAGCGGUGUUUAUCCUUUUACCACAGAUUGUGUUGAUACAUCCCAAGGAUAGCUGUACUGAAGUUGCAGAGACGAACCAGAGCAUAGGAAUCGAGAAUGAAACUCUGUUAAGUGUUGAAAAUGACACUCUCUGCUGUUUUGAGGUGUACAAACUGGAAGUAGUUGAACAUUCCACAAACGUCCACUCCUUCAGCGAACCAGGUCACAUUGUGCAGAUGAUCCUGGACGGCGUGCAGGGAACGGGUGUGCUGGAACUCUCAUACCUGUUUUACGGACACUACCCAAGACAUAUACUAAUCCUUGACAAGAUGAGGGGCUGGAACUAUAACUUACCUUUAGCCUAUCUGCUGGUGGUGGUGGUUACACUGGUCCUUAGUUUGGUGCUGAUGGUGAGGGCUGCGGCAAGGGGACUCCGGGAGAGCCUCAGGUCCUCGGAGGGGCAGUUCUAUCAGUACUGCAAUUUGAUAUUUGGAGGUUGGGACUACUGUAUUGAAAACAACAAAGCCGCAGCCAUAAAAAAGAAGGCCAUCUAUAAUGAACUCUGCAACCACCUCGAAACGGAGAGAUACAAUGAUGAGAAAGAGCAGAGAACUAAAAGAGAAAGAUGUCGUUUAUACUUUGUACGCCUUAUGAUUAACUUGGUGGUGAUAGUCCUUCUCUCUGUGUCCUUCUUGGCCAUCUUCUACAGCACCACCUAUGCCUUCAACAAAUUGAAAACAUUAAAGAGUAACACAGAGGAGAGAAACGAGGAGGAUCUAGAAAUACUUCUGUAUGAAUACCUACCUUCAGCUGUUAUUGUCACACUGAACAUAAUUAUACCUUUUAUACUCAGACUCCUUGUUGAAAUGGAGCACUACACACCAAACUUUAUAUUGGUAUUAACUCUCGUGCGGACGGUCUUCCUGCGUCUUGCCUCGCUAGUGGUUCUGCUCUUCUCAAUUUACCAAGGAAUCAGCGAAUGCCCAGCACCAGAACCUGGUUCCUGUAUUAGUGAGGGUUGUUUCGACCAACCAAAGUGUUGGGAGACAUACGUUGGACAGCAGCUCUACAAGCUUACGAUCUUGGAUUUGCUCAUCAUGUUCCUCUCAGCCUUCUUGGUCAAUUUCCCUCGUAAAUGUAUUGGACACAAGUUAAUGAGAGGUAGUCGCAUUGGGGCUGCCAUCGGGGACAUUGAAUUCAUGAUCCCAAAGCACGUGUUGGACAUUGUCUACGGACAGACACUGUGUUGGCUGGGGAUGUUCUACUCUCCUUUACUGCCAGCUGUAACAUGUGUAAAACUUGUUAUUGUGUUUUACAUCAAAUACUUCGACUGUACUGUCAACAGUAGUCAGUCAUCACAACUGUAUCGUACAUCUCGCUCAAACGCCUUUUUCAUCAGCAUCCUUCUAAUUUCUUUUAUUGUCACAAUUAUUCCCGUUGGAUAUUCAAUUGCUGAGAUAAAGCCAUCUAUCGCUUGUGGACCCUUCAGGGGCCUGCCAACCAUUUGGAGUGAAAUGGUACAUGUAAUAUCAGAAUCUCCGAACUGGAUACAGGCGGUCCUCUUCUUCAUGGGCACAGCUGGCUUUGCAGUGCCAGCCAUUAUCAUUCUCAUCCUGGCAUGGUAUUAUUACUAUGCCGUUGCUGCGGCUAACAAACACAUGGUCGCACUCCUCAAGAAUCAACUGAUCCUUGAGGGCCACGACAAGCAGUUCCUCCUGACGCGACUCGACCAGAUGAUCAAGAAGACAACGGAGGAGGAAGAAGCAGCUCGGUCCUCGCGCAGCACAGAGGAAGAGACAGGUCAUAGUAAUGAUCAGACACUAGAGGCUUAAGGCUACCUUUAGGUGGCAGGGUUUCAUUCUAAUAAGCAGAUAUCCAAAUAUUUACAUCACAUACAUGCACACAGCAACACAUGUGCACACAUUAUAUGCACUCCUACAUAGAUUAAUAAUGCAGUGAGUAAAGUAGUGUGCUGUGUUUGUUUCCUGAUUAUCGUCCUCUUGGUAAAUUUUGUGAAAUGAAAGCAGGUAGGAAGAUGAUUGUUAGGAAGAUAUCUAUGUGGGUCUGUGAUGUGUAUUCAGGCCCCAUUUGCAAUAUACAUGUAUAUACAAGUGAUGAAAGAUUUAAUGUAAUUUAUUUGAUAGGAAGGUAAGAUCGUUGAACUUUUUUUUUCUCUCUCAAAUAAGGGAUUUAUCAUUUAAUAUAUUCAAUUGGAAAGAAGUUUUUUUUUUAUUAUGAAAGAUUAACAUUCAGUUUAAUUAGUAGGAGGGGAAGGUUGAUUAAACAUUUUUUUUUCUCUUUUUUUUCCCCCCCCUAUCAGAUGGUCAGUUAUCUUUGCUCAAUACAAAUUGAUUUUUAUUGUUAAUGUUAUCUUUUUUUCUAUUAUGUUUAGACAUUUACACAUAUUCAGUUCAGGUGUAAGGGUGUGACGGUUGUGAUACGGGCCCAUUUCCAUGUCAGACUUACAUUAUGGGGGGAAAAAAUGUAGGAAAAUGGUUUUAAAGAGUAACGUCACACUUGCAUUACUUUUCUGCGUUUGUAAGUUGUGUUUUAUCUCAGGUAGAGACUUGGUAUAUUCUAAUCUCUGUAUGGUUUAUAAUUAGACUUUUUGUAUGCAUUUUGAUUCUUUUCAGAUAAACCAUGAUUUUAGUAUUAUUUAUUUCACAUAUGGCUGUUACCUAGUUUGUUUGUUUUUACAAACUUUAAUGUUUUCAUAUCCAUAACUACUGUAACUGUAUUUAAUAGUAUGAUUAUGUAAAACUCUUUGUAAUGUGUGAAUUUUUCAGUUGUAGAAAUCAAUUUUGUGUUUCUUGUUUUUGUGAUACUUGUAGAUUUUCAGUUAUCAAUAAGAGCUUAUAAGACUGAAAGCCUGCGAGAAUAUAUGAGUUUCAGCAAACAGAGGUUGGCCAAUAGGCUGUUCCUGACUAUGAGAAGGUCAGAUAUUAGUGUUACUCAUUAUUCAGGUCAGAAAUACGUGGUUUUGACAAUAUCCAAAGGAGAUGAGUUUAGGUAGUUGUCUUUCAAUUCAAAAAGUUCUAAGGCUUUUUGUUGGUAUUAAGGCGUUUUGAAUAUGUGGAAGAAGCAUCGAGGUAGAGAUAAACCUGUACUUUAAAUUCUAGCUUCCAGCUUUACAAUGGUCGUGACUCUAGGAAAAGUUCCCCGAAUCCUUCAAAGACAAGACUGAGCGUUGAUAUUGCAAGUAGCUGUUUAGAAGUCUUGCUUAAAAAGGACUCCAUUCUAAGUAACAUUAUUUUCAUGAUGGGAGUUUUCAUCUUUCUAAAUCAAAGUAGCUCACAACCAGUGUCCAUGCUAUUGUGAUACUGAGACAAUAAGAAGUGUUAGUUGUACGUAGGGCAUCACGCGUCAGAAUAUUUCAGUAUCUGUAGUAAGUGAAAGACUGCAGCACACAAUUCAAUGCCUUUAUACAAUAGAUCUGAUUUUUCAUGUUUGCUUAAAUUUACCUAAAUGUGUAUAUACAGUAUAUGGUAUUUCUAGGCUCCAGUAGUGUUGCAAACCAUAUUUAAACUACUCAGGCUGAGUGUGAGGUUUUUUAAUAUUUCCUCAUUCCACUAAAAUUAGUAUGCAACAGUUGUUGAAACUGAACAUCAGUAUGCAUAGUAACUUCUAGUUUCAGUCUGUAUAUAAAGGCAGGAGAAACAUAUUUUCUUAGAUAUCAAAAUAUAUAAUAAGUAUCCAUUUCAAAGAAUGGCAGGAUAAAUAGUAGUGUAAAUUUGCUCUUCGGGUAUACUGGACACUUUCGCACCCACACGUUCAUGGGAAUGGGUGGUAACGUUCAUGCAGCAAGCCACUUGCUGCUUUCCACAAAUUAAAGUUACUGUGCAGUUUACUAAUUCAUGAUGCAGGGCUAGGGGGGAGGGGGGAAAAGGGAUGUUCUCUGUUCCAUAUAAAGUAAAUGAUAGUCCCAAAGCCGUAACACGUAACCCUGGCCAAUCUCGGAAUAGAGGCGAUUCACUGACACCUGCAUUGAUCUAGGAUACUUGAUCAACACCUGUCUUUCCCUCAGCACAAGUAUUAGAUAUGGUACUUAAUUCUAAUUUUGUAGUAGGUGAUAUUUUCCAAAGCAAUGUACAGUAGAGCCCAGUAAUCAGUGCCAAUAUUAGUUAUUAUGAGAUCCUAUCUAUGAACUCGACACCAUUACGAAUAUCAACCAUAUGGAAAGAAUGCACCUCCUGCUAGGUAGAAAUGAUAGGCAAAACUUCAGUUUGUAAAUGUAAAGACUUGUUUAUUUGGAAAAGUGGUAUUUGACUGCAUUAAUGGGGAAUUGGGUUUUGGCAUGAAACCCAUUUUUAAACAAAAGAUGCUAAAUGAGAUGGAUGACAGACAGGCAAAAAUGUACAUGUGCAUCAGUGUAUGUGACUAUGUAUCUAGUCAUGUGUGUGUAUAGAUAUGUUUGUCUCUUAUCUUUAUCUAUCAGUCUAUCUAUCUAUAUUUUAUACACAUUGAUAUAAAUGAAUACAUGCAUCAAGAUACAUAGACAAUUAUUAUGUUUGUGUUUUUUGUAUUCAUUAGGCCAAACUAUAUUAUUUUGUUUAUGUAAAAUGUCUUGCACAAACAUCAACAGCUGACAGCAUAGCUGAAGAGCAUCAUUCCACUGUAUAUUAAUAGUUUUAGCAAGAACACAUAGUAUAGAGGAUGAUUUCUGUUAACAUGUGAAAAAGGGCAGAGCUCUUUAAAAUUUCAAUAUGCAGAAUUGUGAUUUCAUCUACAAUUCUACAGCUAGCUCUCUCUCUCUUUCUCAGUCAAAUGCCUGCAUAUUGCCUUCAGAAUAUUAUCAGUGACAAAUGACGUUAUACAGGUAUGAUAAACAAGUAAAUGACCUUAUUUGUGGUAAGUGGAUAACUUUUGUGGUGCUCAACUGUCAGUUUUAAAUUUCUUUACCAGAGGUAACCUGUAAUAAUUGAUUUACUUUACAGAAAACAAAGGGAAUUCAUGUUAAUAAGAUAAAUGUAUGAGGCAAGCAGGCAGGCCUCACCACAAAAUGCUACCAACCACAUGUUCAUAGUUACAAGUUUCAGGUUUGUAAACACUGCCAAUAGAGAGAAAGCAAAGAUAGAAGAUGCAUUAGCAUAAGUGUGUUGACCAGUUCAUGGUUGUAGGAAGUGUAGAUGCAUGGAAAGGGAUGUUGCGUUUGAUAUCUAUAAGAUACUGUUCUUUGGAGAGAAUUAUUUCCUAUACAUUGUAGACAUUUCUUCCUUUGGUUUGUUAUUACCAAAUGAAAAAUAAAAAAGGCCAGUUAUAAGAAUUAAUUCUGUACUAAACAUUUUUUAUCUUCUUUUUUUCACAACAUGGAGCCUCAAAGUUUUUCAUAUAAAAAGCAAGUAUUGUUACAUAAGGGCAUAGGGAUGUGCUUGUUUCUACUGCGAUAUGUUAUCUGGUGAUGCUUCAUAAGGCGAAAGGGGUAGAUCUUGCAGGCGCUGACAAUGAUAAAUAUAGAGUUCUGUGAUACACCAGUGUUGGUUAAGAAAUUCUGUGUAAGAAAGAAAAUUUGUAAGAAAUAAGAAUCUCAGUUGUGCCCAGUUUAUAUUCAUUUUCAGUCUUGGAUAUAUAGGUAAGCUGGCUGGCUUCACCUUACACAGAGAAAGAUGUUGAGAUUUCAUGUAGAAAAAUAUCAGCAAAGGUAUUCUCAAAAGAUGGGAUAUGUUUUGAGUCUUUUAGAUUAAUUUACUUAUCUGUGAUACUUUCCAUUUUUGUAAUUCAAGGCAGUAUUAUGUUUAUCAAUUCCAUUAAGUAAGUACUAUGAUUUUGGUUACAAUUACCAUAAUUAUCUCACGAGGAAUGCAUAAAAGGUUGAAGGACUAUGUUCAUGUUCCUUGUUGAAAUGUUUUUAUCCAAAGUGCAUACAAAUAUUGUGUGUCUGUAUAUGUGCUUGCUUGAAUACUUGUGAUUGUGUAAGGCUACUUUGGUUUUGCUUUGGCAUGAGAAUGGAAAAAGCAGUGUUUGAAAUUGUAACCAUUUACAGAAAGGGUCAAGAUCUAAUGUCCAAAGCAGUAGGUUUUGUAAGUAAGGAUGUUGCUGGAGAGAAAAAAAAGACAUAUUUUCACUUGGUUGUACCAGAACUACUUCAAGAAUUCUCUAAAUGCCCUUUUUUAUGUAUAUUAUAUAUUCAUUUUUAGUACAGAUGGUCCCUUGAUUGAAUAAGUAAAACUAUCCUUAACAUCCUAUGAUUCCAAUGACAAGAGGAAUAAUAAUCCUUUGUGAAUGUACACAUUUGAUAUACUUGUAAUAUAUGAAUAUAUAUAUAUAUACACUCUACUCUAGUGUGUCCAGUACACAGUUAUGAGCUAUCUGUUGUCUAAAAUUUAAAAGUUUAAAAAGGUAUAUAUGAAUCUCAAUAGUAAGGUUAUAUAGAUAUAAGUUUCCCUUAUAUUUGUUACCCAGUACCACUGUUGAGCUAUUAUGUUAGGUGAAUGUGUUCUAGCUUGUAAUUUUAGAUCCUGAUCUACUUGUGAUAGAUUUCAUUAUUAAUUAAUUGAUGAACAAAAUGUGUUGGUUAACUUAUAGACAGUAGCUUUUAUGAUUUUGAAUUUUACUCCUUGUAAAGAGUUCCCUGAAGAUUUUAAACCUCUUCAAAAUAUUUUCUCUUUGGAGUUCAUAAAAGUACUUUCAUAUUGGUACAAGAUAUGCAUUGUCUAAUGACAUAAUGCAUAGCAGUGGAAAAUGUUAUUGUGUAUACUAUUCUCUUUCAUGUAGUGAAAAUGGUUUCCUACACUUCUAAUGAAGAGUUGUAGGUUGAAUGAGUCUAUUAUUCAAAUGUGAAAACAUGAGAAAGGAAUGUCUUUAAAACUUGUGUAACUUGUAAUCACAUUACCUAUACAAGACUGUUGUGUUAUAUGUAUGGUCAGCCCUUCGUAUCCACAGAUUGGAAACAAUAUUCAUAAAUAAAACAAAUAAACAAACCCAUAAUGUGACAAAAAGCACAAUUUAUGUUUGUGGUAUGCCAAGCACAAAGCUGAAAUCACCAGAAUGAAAAGAUUUGUCAGCAUACCUACCAUGUGUUGUUUGGGCAUUGGUUGUAUGAAUUUACUUUUCUCUCGAUUACGUUUUCUAUAUAAAUGGUUUAAAUGGGUUUGCUUUUAUUGCUUUUACUUUUUUCUUUAAGUAUAACCAAUCUGGGGAUGCCUAUUCCACUUUCCAUAAGGGACUUGAGCAUUGAAGGUCCUUGGAACUAAGUCCCCAAGAAUACCAGGGCAGACUAUUAUGUUCCCAUUAAUUUUAUUUUUUUCUUUUUUUUAUACAUACAUACUAACAUGCAUACUGGUUGUUGUAAAAAGACAGAUGACAUAACCAGCCAGAAUGUUCAUAAAUAUCUAUCACUGCUUGCCAGUAAAUGUUUGUUCAGUUCAUAAUUUUUCGGAAAUCUUGAAAAGCAAAAUCAAGGAUUCUUCCUUUAAGUAUAAAGGUUUAAAGAUAUAUGUAUAUACUGUAUUAUGAAUGCUAAGUUUAACAAACUAGAUGUCUUGCCUCCUAUUUUACAGUAUAUAUGAUUUAAUCUGUUGAAACUUCAUUUUAUAUUCUAUUGUAUUUUAAGUCUUUCAAGGAGUCCUGUUUACAAGGUUGUUAAUACAGUAUUGCUUUUCUAUUAAGUCUAAUUUAUUGGUCUAUUCCUGAACCAACUAUUUAUUCUUUAGUUUUGUUUUCCCUUGCGUGCCAAAGUUGUGUUUGUUAUUAGUAGAUGUUUUUAAAUAUUUUACCUUGAUGUAUCCCCAUAAGACCUCGGUUUUCACUCACCACAGCUGUUUACCAGUUAAAAUUCACAUUUCUCCAUGUGGAAGUGCAACAUAUCAUGGUUACAAUACAUUAAUUUAUUAUGGGUUAUUUGGAAGAAUGGUUAUAUUUGUAUGUAAUGUCUUUGUUAUUCAUUAGGUUUGUUUUAUUACAGUCAUAACUAAAUCCUGAUGAGUGUGGUCAGAGUGUGUUAAUACAGAAGAAUGGUUAAAUAGUGGAUUUCCUGGUAAUCUCACACAUAAUCAACAGAGUUGGAAACUGCAUUGUGUUUUAUGCUUCCCAUGUACCUAUACUGUUUUUUAGACUGAAUUUCUAUUUGUAUUGUGAGAAUCCUAAGUCAGUUGUGUUUUAUAUACGUCCAUAAAUAAAUUUUUGAAGUUUGA